AUGAAAUUCUAAUUUUCAGUUAGUUGCCCAUUCUCUUGCGGGCCUACUGUCUUAUCUCAAGAAUUCGGUUUUAAACAGAUGACCAAACGACAACUUCUUGUGUAACUGUUUGCAGAGAGAAGCAGUAAGCUAGCGCCAAGCUAGUAUACCAAGCAAGGGGAAUGGUGUAUCUCUUACUGCAUUUGCUGGUCCUCCUACACCUGACUACGGGAUCUGACAUUAUCAUAAAACCUUCUGACUUUAGCGAGAAUAUUUUACAGUUCAAGCAUAAGGAGUCCACCAUUAUCUGUUACAAUUAUGGUGAAGACUACAACAUCACUGAAGCUGACGAAGAAUGGACCAUCAUUCAAGAACCAACCGGCCCACCGCCACCCGUUCAAGUAAUUACCGAAAAUUUCGAAGCGGAUGUUAUUGUUGUCUUAGACGCCUCAGGCAGUGUCGGGCGCCAAGGGUUCUCGAAGGAGAUCGAUUUUUUGGUGCAAGUGAUCAAGGCACUACCAUUCGGCCCCAAAGGGGUGCGGAUCGGUGUAGUCAUCUUCAACCACAAAGGACGUUUUGUUUUCGGCGUUACAGAAUAUUUCAAUGUAGACGAGAUCAAGAAGGCUCUAGAAAGCAAAACUGUCAGCUUCACACAGUCAUAUAUCGAUCGAGCCUUGGACGUGAUCGUUACUAAGGACAUGUUCGGAAAGUCUGGCGAAGACAGGGACAAAGUUGUCCUCAUUGUGACGGAUGGGGUCUCAACAGAUAAGUUUAAAACCUUGCAGAUGGUUAAGCAAUUGAAAGAAAAGAAGGUAAAGGUCUUGACACUGGCUGUUGGCAACGAAGUAUCGGAGGAAGAAAUUAUACACAUCUCUGAACCUCACCAGGUUAUAAGAACAUUCAGCUUUAAUACUUUAGAUCACACCAUCAAUAUAGUGAUCGAUGUCUUAAGGGGUUUAACAACUGCGGUCGAAAUCAACACAAUUGUAAUUAUCUUUAACUACGCGGAAGAAGAGCAUCUAACAGAUUUUAAAUGGAAAGUCUCUGUGAUUGGUAGCUUGAUCCAGCAAUACUGGGAAGAAGAGGAAUCUAAUAAGUUCAUUAUAAUAGGUUACACAAAGAAAAUUGCCAAACUCUUCGACGUCAGGAAACUUACAAGCGUGGUUUCUAUCACAAAUGCGCUAAAUUCCAAACAUACAAGCCACACGAAUAACUUAUCUCAAAUGUUCGAGGAACUAAAGAAAUUGGGAUGCGUUAAGAAAAGGCCAUGCAUUGUGCAAUUUAUUAUAGAUAAUACACCUGAUUUCGAUGAUACUGCGAUCAAAGAAUUUAUCAAAAACGGCAACAUAAUCACAGCAAUCGUUGUGGGGCAGCUAGUUGAUUCUACUGAAAUCUACCAAUGGGUCGAAACUCCAAAUGACGUCUUAGAGAUAAAGUCCUUUAACUCGACCGUCACUCAUGGAACCGAAAUAAAACGAGUGGAGGAGCCACCACCAAUCUACACCAACAGCACGAUUCCCCCUAUUGUGAUUUUCAUCGUCGACUUCGUCGGUAAGGAGAGGGACGACGAGUACACGAUGAUCAUCAAGUUCAUCAUCGACGCCAUGAAGAAGCACAAACUGGGCUACGCCGGCGUCAGGUUUGCCGUGGUACUCAUCGUCAACGGUCAGGUGCGGCUCUUCGACACCAGGCACUUGGCGGACAUAGUGGCUUUACAAACGACAUUGUCCGAAGGAACUAAGUACGUCGUGCUGAAGACUUUAAAAGAGUUUUUCCAGAACCUGAAAGGGUGGAAAUGCGACACCAAAAAAUCCUGCGUCAUAGUGUACAUCUCAAACGGGAAAAAGACAAACCCGGGAGAAGUUAAAACCGAAAUAAAGACCUGGAAAGAAAUCGGCAACGCGUUGAUUGUGGUGAUCAUAGGCGACCAGGGGGACACGUCAAUCAUCAAGGAUUGGGACGUCGAUCAAGAGGACGUUGUCGUAGUGGAAAAUGUGAACAUGUUAUGGAGCUCGCAGGUUACUAUCAUUGAGUUUAUAGCUGAAGGUAUAACAGCUAUACAAAAUCCGCAAUCGGGAAAAAGUUGCAGCAAGCACACCAUGCUCGACAUCAUCUUCGUCAUCGACGCCUCCGCCAGCAUCUGCGUUCACUUCUGGCAUAUGCAGCUCAAAUUCUUCAGCCAGAUGGUCCGGCAGUUCCCGCUUGGUCAGCGAAGCACGCGGGUGGGUGCGAUGACGUACAGCGUAACUGCCUCGAAAGUGUUCGACCUCGAUGAUCAUUCAAACGCCGAUGAUAUGGAAAAGGCCUUACAAAAAGCCAAGUUAGGGCACGGACUUUCCAACUCACACUUGGCAUUAGAGAGGAUACUUAAGCAUGAUAUGUUCGGUACCAAAGCAGGGGGCAGAGCCGAUGCACAGGACUACGUUGUUUUUCUUACCGAUGGACAUUCUACACAACACGAGAAAAGUAACUCACGCAAAAACACGCUUUUUCUUGCUUUAAAAAUGUAG